GCUCGGGUUGGUCGCCCCUCUGUUUUGCAGCCGUGAACGGGAACCCGAUGCUCGUCCGAGCACUUCUGAACCAAAAGGCGAAUCCUGACGAUCGGCUCAGACGUUCGGAGGGGUCUCUCUUUCCGGCGAGGGUGGGCGUGCUUUCCAUGGCGGCACAUUUUCACAACAAUGAGGUUAUGGAGAUCCUCUUGGAAGCUCGUGCCACGCUUACGAGUGCAGACAUGAUCAAUGCCACUGCCGCACAUUGGGCGAGCCUCGCAAACAACGUUGCUGGCCUGCGCCUUCUGUGCCAGGCACGUGCAGACUUUCAACGGCGAAACUUCGUCGGCAUGAACGUCUUCGAAGUUGCUUGUUCAAACGGAGCAGUGGGCGCGAUGGCCGAGAUUCUGACGCAAGUGCCCUCGACAAGCUUACGGCUCGGUUUGCAUUAUGCCCUGCUCUUUUAUGGUGCCUAUGAAGAGCCAAUUCGGUUCUUGUUACGGGCAAGAGCGAACUUGAAUGAGCCAUUCGACAUCCAGAUCCAGCAGCCGGCUUGGUGGAUCCUGUUGCAUGUGGCAAGCGCGCGGCACAGGAUCAGCCCAUCAAGCUGGACUCUGCUGGCGUAUCAUCACAAAGGGGCCACGCCUUUGAUGUUUUCCAUCUUGACCGGGAGCUUCGAGAUUGCAUCUCUGCUUCUCUCUGCCAGGGCCUGCACGGAUGCCCGAAAUUCGCGCAAGAAGACAGCGGCGGAUCUUGCACAAGUUGUCAACGCACCAGAAUCCCUGGUAGAGGCAUUGAGAGGCCCAAGGCCUCGCGAUGUCAGUUCCGAAGACACGCCGGAGGAUUGUUUUUUCAUUUGA